UAACGUAACUCCUUUCCUCCUCCUCCCUGCUCAGCCCCUCGCCGCCGCCCGGCCGCUCAGGCGCCCCCCGCAGAGGCUCCGCCGCGGGGCGGCCGCCCCAAGCAGCGCGCCCGGCGGCGGGGAGCCCGCGGAGCCGCGCCCCGCGGAGCCGCCGCGGAGGAAUGGUUUUCCCGGUGGAGCGGAGCUGCGGCGGCUGCCACCUUCGCGGGUGUUGAGACGGGAUUUGUGCGGUGCGGUUCCUGGGCUCCUAGCUUCAUGACUGCGCGGAGCGGGGAACCAACACCAUGCGAGCACAAAUUGAAGUGAUACCAUGCAAAAUUUGUGGUGAUAAAUCCUCUGGAAUACACUAUGGAGUCAUCACAUGUGAAGGCUGCAAGGGAUUCUUUCGGAGGAGUCAGCAGAACAAUGCAUCCUACUCCUGUCCAAGACAGAGAAACUGUUUAAUUGACAGAACCAACAGAAAUCGUUGCCAGCACUGCCGACUGCAGAAAUGUCUUGCCCUGGGAAUGUCUCGAGAUGCUGUGAAAUUUGGAAGAAUGUCCAAAAAGCAGAGGGAUAGCUUGUACGCUGAAGUGCAGAAGCACCAGCAGCGACUGCAGGAGCAGCGGCAGCAGCAGAGUGGUGAGGCAGAAGCCCUCGCCAGGGUUUACAGCAACAGCAUCAGCAAUGGCUUGAGCAAUCUGAAUAACGAAACUGGCAGCACCUACUCAAAUGGUCAUGUCAUCGAUCUGCCGAAGUCUGAGGGCUAUUAUAACGUGGAUUCUGCCCAGCCCUCCCCAGACCAGUCUGGGUUAGACAUGACUGGAAUCAAACAGAUAAAGCAGGAACCUAUCUAUGACCUCACCUCUGUACCAAACUUAUUUACCUGUAGCUCUUUCAACAACGGGCAAUUAGCUCCAGGGAUAUCCAUGAGUGAAAUCGAUCGAAUUGCACAGAAUAUCAUUAAAUCUCAUUUGGAGACAUGCCAAUAUACAAUGGAAGAAUUACAUCAGCUAGCAUGGCAGACCCACACGUAUGAAGAAAUAAAGGUUUACCAGAGCAAGACAAGAGAAGCUCUGUGGCAGCAGUGUGCCAUUCAGAUCACUCAUGCUAUCCAGUAUGUGGUGGAGUUUGCAAAGCGCAUAACAGGCUUCAUGGAGCUCUGCCAGAAUGACCAAAUUCUCCUUCUUAAGUCAGGCUGCUUGGAAGUCGUAUUGGUGAGAAUGUGCCGUGCCUUCAACCCACUUAACAAUACUGUUCUGUUUGAAGGAAAGUAUGGAGGGAUGCAAAUGUUUAAAGCUCUGGGUUCUGAUGAUCUGGUAAAUGAAGCGUUUGACUUUGCAAAGAAUUUAUGUUCCUUACAGCUGACUGAGGAGGAGAUUGCCUUGUUUUCAUCUGCUGUUUUGAUAUCACCAGAUCGAGCCUGGUUAAUAGAGCCAAGGAAGGUCCAGAAGCUUCAGGAAAAGAUUUACUUUGCACUUCAACAUGUUAUUCAGAAGAACCACCUCGACGAGGAGACAUUGACAAAGUUAAUAGCCAAGAUACCAACAAUUACUGCACUUUGCAACUUGCACGGAGAGAAACUGCAGGUAUUUAAGCAAUCUCAUCCAGACAUAGUGAACACACUGUUUCCUCCAUUGUACAAGGAGCUUUUCAAUCCAGACUCAACCACUGGCUGCAAGUGAAGGGGAUAAUAGAAUUUUCACGUAGUCAUGGAAUGCAUCACUAGUAAGACAAAAAGAAAUGUUUUCAUGAAGAAAUUAUAAAAAAUGUCACUACUGCAACACUAGGAAUGUCCUGCACUUAAUAGAAUUAUUUUUCACCGCUACAGUUUGAAGAAUGUAAAUAUGCAACUCUGAGUGGGGAUGUCGUUUUUCUCUUUUGUUUACUUUUUUGUUUGUUUGUUUUUGAACUGACAAUGAAUAUACAAAUAUAGGACACUGGGUGUUACCUUUUUUUUAAAUUUCCUUUUAUUGGGGGAUGUUUUGGGAGACAACUGUUCCUAGAAUUUUAUUGUAGAUAUACAUGAUAAUAGAGCAGUACUUUG